UUUUGUAAUAUUGGAGAGAAGAAAUCCUUGCUUCAUCUUCGUUUGCAAAGAUAGAUAUUCCUCGCAGGCUGCCUCGCAACUUGUAAAACCCUUUGAAACGAUCAAAUUCUUAAUCAAAUUCUUAAGUUAUGGGAAAGGACUCCAAGGCUAAGGAUUCUGGGGCCAAGGGAAAGGGUAAACAGGCUGCUGGUGGAAGUGAGGAUGGUGCUUCAAAAGGAAAAGGAAAAGGCGGCAAAGGAGAUGGCCUUGGAACCUGCACAUAUGUUAAAGCAAGGCAUAUCUUAUGUGAGAAGCAAUCGAAGAUUAAUGAAGCUUACAAGAAACUACAGGAAGGCUGGUUGGACAGUGGAGAUAAAGUUCCACCAGCUGAGUUUGCCAAGGUUGCUGCAGCUUACUCAGAAUGCCCCUCAGGAAAGAAAGGCGGGGAUCUAGGAUGGUUUCCACGUGGCAAGAUGGCAGGCCCAUUUCAGGAAGUUGCCUUCAAUACCCCUGUUGGAGUUACCAGUGCACCUUUUAAAUCAACACAUGGAUACCAUAUCAUUUUAAGUGAAGGGAGGAAAAAUUGAGAUGUCUGCGCAUUCAUGUACGAGCAGAUGGAGGGGCCAUUGGCAGAGAAACUCUUUUAUUUGGUCAUCUGAUGCUGCAGUGACUAUGUACUAGUUAAGAUAAUAAGACCAAACUGGUGUGGUUUACAAGUGUAAUGCUAAACAAGUAGACAUACCAAGAUGAUUGGAUCAAAGUUUCUUACCGGCUCGUGUGUGUGUGUCAAUAUGGUUAUUUUGAAGUCUAUUAUCUCAUCUUCAUUGAACUGACACAUUAUGAGAAAAAAGCGUUUGUAGCA